AUGACAGAACUACUACCAAUUGCCACCUACCAUUUAAAUGUUGAGCCUUACUCUCCUACUCCGGCAAUUGAUGUUACAAUGCCAGUAACCAUCCGUUUAACUAUGGCAGCUUUAAACCCAGAGGCUUACGAUGAUGAAAAGACACCAUCUACAUUAAGAAUAGUCAAAAGAAACCCAGAUUUUGAUGGUGAUGAAGACGAUCUACUGAACGGCGAUUACGAUGAGGAUGAGAUGGAUGACGAAGAAGAAGAAGAAGAAGAAGAAGAAGAAGAAGAAGAAGAAGAAGAAGAAGAAGAAGAAAAGAAGCCAAAAAAGAAGAAUUCUAAGAAGGACUCAAACGAAUCUGAUGAUGAGCUUGCUGAUGAAGAUGUUGACGCAGAGGAUGAUGUUGACGACGAAUUUGAAGAAUUUGUUCUAUUAACCUUGUCACCAAAGACUCAAUACCAACAAGCUAUUGAUAUCACAAUUGCUCCAGAAGAAGAUAUUCAAUUUGUUGUCACAGGCUCUUACUCUAUUUCUUUGAGCGGUAACUACAUCCAACACCCAUUUGAUACACCCAUCGCUGACGAUGACGAUGAAGAAGAUGAAGACGAGGAGGACUACGAUAGUGAUGAAUACGAUCUAACUCCAGAUGAAGAUGAGAUAAUUGAUGACGAACUAGAUGAUUUGGAAGAAGCCAGUGACGUUGAAAACAAAAUUGAAGAAUUAAUUCAAGAAGAUGAACAAAGAAAGAAGGGUAAAAAGAGCAACAAGAGGAAACAGGAAGACGAAGAAGAACAAGAAGAGCAGGAAGAACCAGAAAACAAGACAAAAUCAAAGAAGGAAUCCAAGGAGAGUAAGAAGGCUAAAAAAGUUGAAUUCAAAAAAGAUUUAGAAGAAGGCCCAACAAAGAAAGCAAAGCAGGAACCUAAGACCAAAGUCUUAGAAGGUGGCGUUGCUGUUGAGGAUCGUACUGCCGGUAAGGGCCAACAGGCAAAGAAAGGGUCAAGAAUUGGAAUGAGAUAUAUUGGUAAGCUAAAAAACGGAAAGGUUUUCGACAAAAACACAAGUGGUAAACCAUUUGUUUUCAAACUAGGUCAUGGUGAAGUCAUUAAGGGCUGGGAUAUUGGUGUUGCUGGUAUGAGCGUCGGCGGUGAGCGUAGAAUCAUUAUUCCAGCUCCAUAUGCUUACGGUAAACAGGCUCUACCGGGCAUUCCAGCUAACUCAGAACUUACAUUCGAUGUCAAGCUAGUCUCUUUGAAAUAA